UCCUUUUCCCUCUCGCUCUCAUCCAACACUUCCCACACUGCUCCUACUCGGAUGGUAUCGCGCCGUCCCAACCUUCGCUCUCUCUCCCCCGCUACUCUCUCUUCUUCCAUCCUAUCAUCUCUUCCCUCUGCUCAAACCUUCUCCAACCUAUCUCCUGAUUCUGCCUCCUCAACCCUCCUCUCCUCCCUUUCUGCAUCCUUUGACUCUCUAUGUCCCCUAUCUUCCAGGCCGGCUCGGUCCUCCCCUCCCGCUCCGUGGCUCGACGACUCAUUGCGAGCUCACAGAACAGGGCUCCGGGCAGCCGAGCGGAAAUGGAGGAAAACUCGCCUCCCUGCGGACCUGGCAUCCUUUCGCUCCCUCCUCUCUACAUUUUCCUCCUCUGUCUCUGCUGCUAAAGCCACUUUCUACCACUCUAAAUUCCAAGCAUCUGCCUCUAACCCUAGGAAGCUCUUUGCCACCUUCUCCUCCCUCCUGAAUCCUCCUCCCCCUCCCCCCCUCCUCCCUCUCUGCAGAUGACUUCGUCAACCAUUUUGAAAAGAAGGUCGACGACAUCCGAUCCUCGUUUGCUAAGUAAAACGACACCGCUGGUUCUGCUCACACUGCCCUACCCUGUGCUCUGACCUCUUUCUCCCCUCUCUCUCCAGAUGAAAUCUCGUGUCUUGUGACGGCCGGCCGCCCAACAACCUGCCCGCUCGACCCUAUCCCCUCCUCUCUUCUCCAGACCAUUUCCGGAGACCUUCUCCCUUACCUCACCUCGCUCAUCAACUCAUCCCUGACCGCUGGCUACGUCCCUUCCGUCUUCAAGAGAGCGAGAGUUGCACCCCUUCUGAAAAAACCUACACUCGAUCCCUCCGAUGUCAACAACUACAGACCAGUAUCCCUUCUUUCUUUUCUCUCCAAAACUCUUGAACGUGCCGUCCUUGGCCAGCUCUCCCGCUAUCUCUCUCAGAAUGACCUUCUUGAUCCAAAUCAGUCAGGUUUCAAGACUAGUCAUUCAACUGAGACUGCUCUUCUCUGUAUCACGGAGGCGCUCCGCACUGCUAAAGCUAACUCUCUCUCCUCUGCUCUCAUCCUUCUAGACCUAUCGGCUGCCUUCGAUACUGUGAACCAUCAGAUCCUCCUCUCCACCCUCUCCGAGUUGGGCAUCUCCGGCGCGGCCCACGCUUGGAUUGCGUCCUACCUGACAGGUCGCUCCUACCAGGUGGCGUGGCGAGAAUCUGUCUCCUCACCACGCACUCUCACCACUGGUGUCCCCCAGGGCUCUGUUCUAGGCCCUCUCCUAUUCUCGCUAUACACCAAGUCACUUGGCUCUGUCAUAACCUCACAUGGUCUCUCCUAUCAUUGCUAUGCAGACGACACACAAUUAAUCUUCUCCUUUCCUCCUUCUGAUGACCAGGUGGUGAAUCGCAUCUCUGCAUGUCUGGCAGACAUAUCAGUGUGGAUGACGGAUCACCACCUCAAGCUGAACCUCGGCAAGACGGAGCUGCUCUUCCUCCCGGGGAAGGACUGCCCGUUCCAUGAUCUCGCCAUCACGGUUGACAACUCCAUUGUGUCCUCCUCCCAGAGCGCUAAGAACCUUGGCGUGAUCCUGGACAACACCCUGUCGUUCUCAACUAACAUCAAGGCGGUGGCCCGUUCCUGUAGGUUCAUGCUCUACAACAUCCGCAGAGUACGACCCUGCCUCACACAGGAAGCGGCGCAGGUCCUAAUCCAGGCACUUGUCAUCUCCCGUCUGGAUUACUGCAACUCGCUGUUGGCUGGGCUCCCUGCCUGUGCCAUUAAACCCCUACAACUCAUCCAGAACGCCGCAGCCCGUCUGGUGUUCAACCUUCCCAAGUUCUCUCACGUCACCCCGCUCCUCCGCUCUCUCCACUGGCUUCCAGUUGAAGCUCGCAUCCGCUACAAGACCAUGGUGCUUGCCUACGGAGCUGUGAGGGGAACGGCACCUCAGUCCCUCCAGGCUCUGAUCAGGCCCUACACCCAAACAAGGGCACUGCGUUCAUCCACCUCUGGCCUGCUCGCCUCCCUACCACUGAGGAAGUACAGUUCCCGCUCAGCCCAGUCAAAACUGUUCGCUGCUCUGGCUCCCCAAUGGUGGAACACACUCCCUCACGACGCCAGGACAGCGGAGUCAAUCACCACCUUCCGGAGACACCUGAAACCCCACCUCUUUAAGGAAUACCUAGGAUAGGAUAAAGUAAUCCUUCUCACCCCCCCCCCUUAAAAGAUUUAGAUGCACUAUUGUAAAGUGGCUGUUCCACUGGAUGUCAUAAGGUGAAUGCACCAAUUUGUAAGUUGCUCUGGAUAAGAGCGUCUG